AUGACUCAUGGAGAAGAGCUUGGCUCUGAUGUGCACCAGGAUUCCAUUGUUUUAACUUACCUAGAAGGAUUACUAAUGCAUCAGGCAGCAGAGGGAUCAGGUACUGCCAUCGACAAAAAGUCUGCUGGCUGUAAUGAAGAAGAUCAGAACUUUAACAUUUCUGGUAAUGCAUUUCCCACCUCUCAAAGUAAUGGUCCAGUUCUCAAUACACAUACAUAUCAGGGCUCUGGCAUGCUGCAUCUCAAAAAAGCCAGACUCUUGCAGUCUUCUGAGGACUGGAAUGCAGCGAAGCGGAAGAGGCUGUCAGAUUCCAUCGUAAACUUAAACGUAAAGAAGGAAGCUUUGCUGGCUGGCAUGGCUGACAGUGUGCCUAAAGGCAAACAGGAUAACACGGUACUGGCCUCUUUGCUUCAGUCGUUCAGCUCUAGGCUGCAGACUGUUGCUCUGUCACAACAGAUUAGGCAGAGCCUCAAGGAGCAAGGAUACGCCCUCAGUCAUAAUUCUUUAAAAGUGGAGAAAGAUUUAAGGUGCUACGGUGUCGCAUCAAGUCACUUAAAAACUUUGCUGAAGAAAAGCAAAGGUAAAGAUCAAAAGCCUGAUACCAGUCUCCCUGACGUAACUAAAAACCUCAUCAGAGGUAGGUUCGUAGAGUCACCUCAUCAUGUUGGACAGAGUGGCACAAAGGUCAUGAGUGAGCCCUUGUCAUGUGCUGCGAGGUUACAGGCUGUGGCAAGCAUGGUGGAAAAAAGGGCUAGUCCUGCCACUUCACCCAAGCCAAGUGUUGCUUGUAGCCAAUUAGCAUUACUCCUUUCAAGCGAAGCCCAUUUACAGCAGUAUUCUCGAGAACACGCUUUAAAAACACAAAAUGCAAAUCAGGCGGCAAGUGAAAGACUUGCUGCUAUGGCCAGAUUACAAGAAAAUGGCCAAAAGGAUGUGGGCAGUUUCCAAUUCUCAAAAGGAAUGUCAAGCCAUCUUAACGGUCAGGCAAGAACAUCAUCAAACAAACUAAUGGCCAGCAGAAGUACAACAUUUCAAAAUCCGAUGGGUAUUGUUCCUUCUUCCCCCAAAAAUGCAGGCUAUAAGAACUCCCUGGAAAGAAGCAAUGCAAAACAAGCUGCUAAUAACAGUUUGCUUUUACAUCUUCUUAAAAGCCAGACCAUACCUAAGCCAAUGAACAGUCACAGUCAUAGUGAGAAAGGAAGCCUUUUUGAGGAGAGCAGUACACCUACAACUAUUGAUGAAUACUCAGAUAACAAUCCUAGUUUUACAGAUGAUAGCAGUGGUGAUGAAAGUUCAUAUUCCAACUGUGUUCCCAUAGACUUGUCUUGCAAACACCGAAUCGAAAAACCAGAACCUGACCAGCCUGUUUCUCUGGAUAACUUAACUCAGUCCUUGCUAAACACUUGGGAUCCAAAAGUCCCCGAAGUAGAUAUCAAAGAAGAUCAGGAUACCUCAAAGAAUUCUAAGCUAAAUUCGCACCAGAAAGUAACCCUUCUUCAGUUGCUACUUGGCCAUAAGAAUGAAGAAAAUGUAGAAGGAAACAACAGCCCUCAGGAAGCACACAGUGAUGGGACAAAGUUCAGCACACAUAAUUACACGCGGACUUCUGUCAUAGAAAGCCCUAGUACCAGCAGGACUACUCCAGUGAGCACUCCACCAUUACUUGCAUCCACCAAAGCCGAGUCUCCCAUCAACCUUUCCCAACACUCUCUGGUCAUCAAAUGGAAUUCCCCACUGUAUGCCUGUGGCCCUCAGUCUGAAAAGCCAACGGAUACCGCAUCGAACCACCUGAUGGACCUUACGAAAAGCAAAGAAUCGCAAGGGGAGAAACCAGUCCAAACUGAAGGCACACAAAACUCUGCCACUUUCAGUGCCAGUAAACUGUUACAAAAUUUAGCGCAAUGUGGAAUGCAGUCUUCUGUGUCAGGGGAAGAGCAGAGACCCAGUAAACAGCUGCUGAGUGUAAACACAGAGAAACCUACAGGUAUGACUGAUAGACUAAAUAGCCCUCUGCUCUCAAACAAAACAAAUGCAAUUGAAGAAAACAAAGCAUUUGGCAGUCACGCAACAGGUCCUGAACCAGGACUUUCUGGUUCUGAAAUAGAAAAUCUGCUUGAAAGGCGCACCGUCCUCCAGUUGCUGCUGGGAAACCCCAACAAAGGGAAGCCCGAAAAGAAAGAGAGGAUGCCCUUAAGAGAUGAAAGUACUCAGGAACAUACAGAUAGAGCUUUAAGUGAACAAAUAUUGAUGGUGAAAAUAAAAUCUGAGCCUUGCGAUGACUUGCAUACGCAUAACACAAAUGUGCCCUUGAGCCACGACGCUCAGGGCGCCCCCUUCUUAGGCAUGGCUCCUGCCUUGCAGGGAAGCACAGCUGUCUUACCAGCAUCCGAGGGCUUCAAAUCGGAGCCGGUCUCACCUCAGGAUUUUUCUUUCUCUAAGAACGGUCUGCUAAGUCGACUGCUGAGACAAAACCAAGAGAGUCACCCGGCUGAUGACCUGGACAGCAGUCACAGAAAUAGUGAACUGACACUUGUAGAAUCAAAGAAUCUUUGCAUGGUCCCUAAAAAAAGGAAGCUUCAUACUGAGCCGUCAGAAAAUCCAUUUAAAAAGAUGAAAAAUAACAUAGUCGAUGCUGCAAACAGUCACAGUGCUCCGAAGGUGCUGUAUGGGUCCUUGCUUAACCAGCAAGAGCUGAAGCUUAGCAGAAAUGAUCUUGAGUUUAAAUAUCCUGCCAGUCAUGGUUCAGCGAGUGACAGCGAACACAGGAAUUGGGCCAGAGAGAGCAAAAGCUUCAACGUUCUGAAACAGCUGCUUCUCUCAGAAAACUGUGUGAGAGAUUUGUCUCAGCACAGGAGUAAUUCUGUCGUCGACAGUAAAAAAAAAGGACACAGAAACACUGUGACCAAUAGCAAGCCUGAAUUCAGCAUUUCUUCUUUGAACGGACUGAUGUACGGUGCAGCUCAGCCCAACAGCUGCAUGGGCCACAGGACAUUUCCAUACCCAGGUGUAGGAAAACCUCCUGUGAGCCCUCCUUUCCCUGAGCACCAGGGCUGCGCAGGGUCUAGACCAGAAUCUGGGCUUGUGAAUGGGUGUUCCGUGCCCAGUGAGAAGGGACCCAUCAAGUGGGUUAUCACAGAUGUGGAUAAGAAUGAGUAUGAGAAAGACUCUCCGAGACUGACCAAAACUAACCCAAUACUGUAUUACAUGCUCCAGAAAGGAGGCAAUUCUGUUACCAGUCGAGAAACACAGGACAAGGACAUUUGGAGGGAGCCUUCGUCUGCUGAAAGUAUCUCACAGGUUACAGUCAAAGAGGAGUUACUUCCUGCUGCAGAAACUAAAGCUUCUUUCUUUAAUUUAAGAAGCACUUACAAUAGCCAUAUGGGAAAUAAUGCCUCUCGCCCACAGAGUGCAAAUGGAGAAGUUUAUGGACUUCUGGGAAACGUGCUAACAAUAAAAAAAGAAUCAGAAUAA